AAAUGGCUUUUUGAGUGAGUCGAAUGUUGCGACGCAAAAUCCAAGCAAGGGUUGGUGACAUAGUUCAGCGACACGUCAACCACACGGAAGAAGGUGUCUGUCCAACCUGCCACUUUCCUGCUCACCGAAGGACCGUAGUCUUAUCGAAAUGGGUAAUUUCUUCUCUAAUCUCUUCAUGGGCCUGUUAGGCUCCAGAGAGAUGAGGAUUCUGAUCCUGGGUUUGGACGGCGCAGGGAAAACAACCAUUCUGUACCGGCUGCAGGUUGGAGAGGUGGUCACCACAAUCCCCACAAUCGGCUUCAACGUGGAGACAGUCACAUACAGGAAUCUGAAGUUCCAGGUGUGGGAUCUGGGAGGACAGACAAGUAUCAGGCCCUACUGGCGGUGUUACUACUCGAACACAGAUGCAGUCAUCUAUGUGGUUGACAGCAGUGACCGGGACAGGAUGGGCAUCUCAAAGUCUGAGCUGGUGGCCAUGUUGGAGGAGGAGGAGCUGAAGAAAGCUAUCCUGGUGGUCUUUGCAAACAAACAGGACAUGGACCAGGCAAUGACGCCCAGUGAGGUGGCCAACUCUCUUGGCCUUUCCGCCCUCAAAGACAGAAAAUGGCAGAUCUUCAGGACCUCGGCCACAAAGGGCACUGGGCUGGAAGAAGCAAUGGACUGGCUGGUGGAUUCCCUGAAGAGUCGACAGUAAAGGCUCCCACCCAUUCUGUAUAUACUCCUGACCUUUGACCCUCCUGUAUGAAGCCUUGUGACUGACCCCUCUCCACUGGACCUGUGAUUGCACUCCUCCCCACCUCCAACCCACCUGAAGCCUUGGCUAAGCCCUCCCAAUGCCUAACGCCUUUCAAGCCUGGGACUUACCAGUGAAGGCUGCAGUAAUGUCUGGACUGGGCACACACACACACACACAUAAAGUCCCACCUCUCCCAGUGCUGGUGACACGAGUGAAGCUUUUAGAGAGCUGUAUGACUUUAGCGAUGGACAAGUUAGUAUCUACACUUCUGUGUUAUGAAAAUAAAAAAAAAAAUCCUGACCACCUGUGAACUGAUGUCUUAAGCAUUGCUAAUUUUACGAUUCCAUUUUUAAGCAUCAACACUGAAGUUAUCACGGAUUAAAAGGAAUAUGUAAAUCAGGCUCUGUGAAAAGCGCAUCUACUCUGACCCUCUGUAGCAUUUCAAACAUCAGGUGUCUUCACUGGACAACGUUAGCUUCAUCUUCUCCCAUAGGGGUGAAGCAGUUUGCAUGUCGUGCAGCCUGAAGAUGAUCAGUCGUUGAUGGGCGUUUAUGUCAGCAAGAUGCAGUGAAGAUCCACCAGGGGGCAGUGUUUUUCCAUGAAGGCACAAAUUUCAUUCCUGCUCUUGAACUGAGCAACCAGAGACAGGGCCACAUCAUCACCGAGAAGCAGCUGCUUGAUUACCCAACUAAUUUUUUGAUAGUAUGCUGGACCAUCCUUACCUCUCUGUAAACAGUUUGUAAAACAUGUUCUGAUUUACUUCUGGAAAUUGCAAAUUUGGACUCAAAUGUUCGAGAAAAAAAAAAGUACUCCCCAUCCACUACACGUCCUCUGGCCAAGUGUUACUGCAGCCUGGGCUGUUUUUGUACUAUAUAGUCAGGCAGAUACGUUGUCAUUGAUUUCUAUUGUGUUUUUUCUCCUCCUGUUCAUUUGUGGUGUUCCCACUUUUUAAGAAGAAUAAUUUAGUAGGUAAAGUCUUUUCCAUUGAAAUCCUUGAGUGCAGCUUUGGCAUAUUAGUCAUUUAGUUACUGAACACUAAUUGUAUGCUCAAAGUUUUAUGGUUGCAUAUUUAUAUCUGCUUGUACAGUGAAAAUUAUUCUCAGUAAAGAUUGCUAUCAGUGAUUGUA